GUAAAGGAAACCUAAGGCAUUUGGUCUUAUCACUUGUAACAAACCAAGAUUAAAAGAGAUAUAUGUUGAGAAAAACAGUCUUUGUAAUGAACGCUUGUCUUGUUGGAUUCCUUCUUCUGACUUCAUUGCAGUUUUCUGCACACACUACGUGGAACAACUCAUGCCUAAAUGUAGUGGUUUUCUCUAGAAUGGACAAAGUGGAACUCUGCCGAUACAGUCUGUUAAACAAUUCUACUUUUAACCUGACGCUAGAAAGGGGCAACGAUGGAAGUAUGGAAUGUUUGGUAGAAAGCAUGGGUACAGAACUGAAAUUACACAACUGGACAGACAAAACACAAUGUAGUGUUUCUACAUUUAAUGGCACUUUUUCUUUAAGUCUUAUUAACCUUAAAGGAAAACAUUCUGGCAACUAUGCUUGUCGUUUGAAAAAAAUUUUUCCACCUCCUUUCAGUAAUUCUAUUAUCAAUAGGACACUUUUGUAUGUCAAUGAUUUUGCUGAAGAACCCCCAGCUUGUAAUAUACUGUCAUUUGUGGAAACAUGGUUUUUGAUUGGAGUCUCCCUCUUCCUGCUUGCAUGUUUCAUAUUAGUGUUAUUCAUAAGCUCUAAAAGAAAGCAUUGCAGGGAAUGCGUUGCUAGAAAUAUGCAGCUGACGGAGCAUAAUGGUGAAUAUAUGCACAUGGCUUCUGUCCCUCUUCCAAAAUACAUUGCGCAUUAAGGUAUAACAUUUCCAUCCUUCCUAGUUGACAAUAGUGGAGUUAAGUGAUAACAUUCUGGGAAAACUUACUGAAGACAAGUUUAUGCAGCUUCCACUGAACUAAAUAAUAAAAUUAUAUGUAGUAAACACCUAAAUUACCUCUAGCAGCGGAUAUAUUCAGAAAAUGGUCCAUGGAAAAUUUUACAAAGUGACAGAAUGAUAAUUUAUCACAAUAAUGCAAUUAUACUCUCUGCAAACUUUGCUGCAUAGGUGUGUAUGUACAGCAUAUCGCAUUGAAAACACAGACUUAUUUGCUUAUUUGGCUGCAAAGGAAGUGUAUUGUUAAUGUUCAUAAUAAUGUAUUCUUUUUUAUUGCCUACAAGCAAAAAAAAUUCUAGUUACAUUGGUAUGAUUGUAGUUUUUACAAUUACUUUUUUUUAUUUCACUUCUGGUUCACCAUGUAAAAUGAAGAUACAUAUUGUAAGUCGCAGAGUCUAGUUCACCACAACCACAGGAUUAUGCACAUCUACUUUUGUAUUAUCUGGCAAAGCAGCUGACUAAUUUAUUUUCCUAUGUACUUAAUGUCAAGUAUAACUGUGAAAUACUCUGAAUUGUAUUGCGUAACCACUUGCUUAAAUUUAGGAAAGAGUAUACAGUCAUAUUGGUAGGGGCAAAAUGUAUGUUGCUCUUGUUACAUGGGUUUGGUAUCUGGUUAGAAGGAUUAUUAGGAAACUUCUUAUCAUUUUUUUUUAACAACAGAAAAAGGGUAAAACCAAUGAUAAAUUUCCCCCUAUGUUUCUAUGCACCUUUAGGUUUUUCACAUUAGCCUUGGUCUAUUAGUUCCAACCACUUUUAUGCCUAUAAAUCUUGUUUAGGUACCACAAAAUCACUGUUCACUUUUAUUAUUUUUAAAAAUACUGUGGACUAGAAUAAAGAUGAAAUUAGUCAUAAUAUUUUUGUGCAAUUUUAAUAAUAAUAGCUUUGUUUUCAGGCUUAGGUGAGCAUGUGUUGGAAUGGCCAGUCUAAAGAUGUUCCAGAUUUUCAAACAGCCUUGGUCACUGUAAUAAAUCUGAUGCAUUCUUACACUGUCUAGUCAAAGUCUACACAGUAUAAGAAUAAUAUAAUAUUAUUUUAUAUAACACACUGGCAGUCUUCAUAUUAGGCACAUUCACAGAUUUGAUGCGCAGGAUUUGAUGCGCAGGAUUUGAUGCACAGGAUUUGAUGCACAGGAUUUUCUGCUGCAGAUUUCAAUGUAAACUAAAUGGCUGAGCACAACUUCUAAUCAACAGCUACAAAUCCUGCACAUCAAAUCUGCUGUAUGUGUGAACGUAUCCAAAAAGAGAAAAUGUCGAAUUUUUGCAUAUACUGAGUUUGCUAACAGCAUAUUACAUUCAUUGGAUGGCACAAGCACAGCUCCUUUGCCCACACCAUCUGUGAGAGCCCACUGUCACAUACAAAAAGCCCACUUACAUACAGCCAGACUCCUGCUAGAAUUGCCUCUAUUGGAGCAUGCUUACAUGCAAUCUAAAGAAGAGAUAUGAUAUUACCAAACAUGUUAUUGCUUUUAUGUAUCAUGUUUUAAUUAUUUUAAUGUAAAUAAACCAAUUUUAAUAAACAAUU